UCUGCCUGAGUGAAAAUGAAACAAACACCCCCUGCGCCUCCGCGCCAGCAGACACACACGCACACCGGCAGUCGCUCACUCGCGCGCCCGGCCUCCCAGCAGCCGUGUCCGGGGCGGGACCCUCUCUGCACAAACAGCCGCGGGCCGGGCCGAGCGCGGAGCGCGCCGCCCGCUGCGCAGCGCCCGCCCGCUUCCUCGCACCCCUGCCCGCUGCGCGCUGCCCGCCGCCCCGGAGGAGCGCCCGGCGGCCCAGCGCAGGCGGCUCACCCCGCCCCGGCACGCCCCGCCGGGCUCGGGCAGAGGCAGCGCUCCGACUGUUCGGGCAGCCGAGGACGACGCCGGGGCCGGGAGCCGAGGCGCAGGUCAGCCCCGAGCGCGCCCAGCUUCUGCGGAUCAGGAGUUGGAACAGAGCACCUUCCCUUCCUCCCAGCCCGGCCUCCUUCUGCAGAACGGAGCUCAAUAGAACUUUGUUGUUUUGCCUUUUACUCUGGGGGGAGAGAAGCAGACGAUGAGGAGAAAAUAAUGAAUGUCAAAGGAAAAGUGAUUCUGUCAAUGCUGGUUGUCUCAACUGUAAUUGUUGUGUUUUGGGAAUAUAUCAACAGCCCAGAAGCCUCUUUGUUCUGGAUAAACCAGUCAAAAAACCCGGAAGUUGGUGACAGCAGCAUUCAGAAGGGCUGGUGGUUUUCAAGCUGGUUUAACAAUGGGACCCACAGUUACCACGAAGAAGAAGAAGACAUAGACAAAGCAAAGGAACAAAGAAAGGAGGACGAAGAAGAACUUCAGCUAUCGGACUGGUUUAAUCCACAUAAACGCCCAGAGGUUGUGACCAUGACCGGAUGGAAGGCGCCGGUGGUGUGGGAAGGCACCUACAACAGAGCUAUCCUAGAAAAUUAUUAUGCCAAACAGAAAAUUACCGUGGGCUUGACGGUUUUUGCUGUCGGAAGAUACAUCGAGCAUUACUUGGAGGAGUUCUUAACAUCUGCCAAUAAGUACUUCAUGGUUGGCCACCGAGUCCUAUUUUACAUCAUGGUGGAUGAUGUCUCCAGGAUGCCUUUGAUAGAGCUGGGUCCUCUGCGUUCCUUCAAAGUGUUUGAGAUCAGGCCUGAGAAGAGGUGGCAGGACAUCAGCAUGAUGCGGAUGAAGACCAUCGGGGAGCACAUUGUGGCCCACAUCCAGCAUGAGGUCGACUUCCUCUUCUGCAUGGACGUGGACCAGGUCUUCCAAGACACCUUUGGGCUGGAGACCCUGGGCCAGUCAGUGGCUCAGCUACAGGCCUGGUGGUACAAGGCAGAUCCUGACGAGUUCACCUACGAGAGGCGGAAGGAGUCCGCGGCAUAUAUUCCGUUUGGCCAGGGGGAUUUUUAUUACCAUGCGGCCAUUUUUGGGGGAACACCCACUCAGGUCCUAAACAUCACCCAGGAGUGCUUCAGGGGAAUCCUUCAGGACAAGAAAAAUGACAUAGAAGCCGAGUGGCAUGAUGAAAGCCAUCUAAACAAGUAUUUCCUUCUCCACAAACCCACUAAAAUCUUAUCCCCAGAAUACUGCUGGGAUUAUCAUAUAGGCCUGCCUUCAGAUAUUAAGCUUGUCAAGAUAUCUUGGCAGACAAAAGAAUAUAAUUUGGUUAGAAAUAACGUCUGACUUUAAAUUGUGCCGGUAGGUUUCUGAAUUUGAGAGAGUAUUAUUCUGGCUACUUCUUCAGAAAAGUAACACUUAAUUUUAACUUAAAAAAAAAAUACUAACAAAACACCAACACAGCAAGUACCUAUUAUUCCUCCUUGCAACUUCAAUUUUAAUAUGGGAGAAUGAGCCUAUGGUAAUCAGAUGUAAAGUCCUAGUGAUUUCUUAUCCUUUCUGGGUUGGGGGGAUACACUAUCAGCUAAACCAAAAAAAAAAAAGAAAAAAAGAAAAUUGUCCUGGGCAAAGAAAAA